UUGAAAUGGCUGAUACGAACACUGACUCUGCAAAUUCCAGUGGAAAUAAUGUGGAAAACUCUAACAAAGAUGUCUACACGGUCUUUGGGGUUAUUUUUAUUCUUAUUGGACUUCUUGCUUCUCUGGGAAACACAGUUGUCCUUUAUGUUGUCAAAAGGGAUCCUCUAAAGUGCUUGAAGAAACCGACAAACGUCUUCAACAUCGCAUUAACAGUAACACACGUCUUUGUGGGAAUGAUAGUGUCACCGUUUACGGGCAUUUUAAAUAUCUUCCGAGGAAAUAACCCCGAAAACCCCCUUCCAUCGGCGGUGGUCAAUCUGGAGGCUUUCACGCAAAACAUCGUUAUUGGAACUGCCACAUUGUUUUUAUGUGCUAUAUCAACUGAACGAUGUACAGCAGUACUCCGCCCCCACUUUAACAAAAGGUGGUUGACCCAGCAGCGAGCGAAAUUCGUUAGCAUUUCAGCAGUGGCUUCUUGUUUGGUGUUUUGCUCGCUGCUGUUCCUCAACAUAUCGAAAACGUUUUUCUACAUGAUCUACCUUCACGUGUUCAUUCUCCUCCCAGUUUGUGGAAUUCUCAUAUCGUGUACGGCAAGGCUGCGAAAUUUUAAGAAGCAAGCCCGUGUCUCGGUAAUUAAUAGUGGUCUACCAGUCGCUCAGAUAUUUGCCAGCGAAACAAGAAAGAGAAAUUCCCAAAUGGUUUACAAAUUGUUGGUGACUUUAUUCAGUAUCUUGCUACCAAUUUUAUCAGCCUUGUUUUUGUUUUACGCCGUGAAGCUUGUGGAAAUAACGUGCGACAACUGCUUCACGAAGCGAUGGUUUAUAGUUUUAAAUAAUAUGAGUUUAGUUUCGUUAUUUUUGAGUAGUGUAUUCAAUCCUGUUGUAAUCUUGAGGCGUAUAGCUGAAUACUCUCGAUCAAUUAGACACAUUCUCGGGCAGAUCCGGUAACUAAUUAAAAGGAAGCAUAUUCUUUGUCAAUUUUUGGAAAUACUUCAUCAAGUACUUUUUUUCGUGUAAAUAUGUGCAAUAGUUAAAACACUUUACACGAGCCGAAACCCCAAAAAGAGAACACGAAGACUUGAACGUGUCCUUGUUAUGCGGCCUUUAAACUGACCUUAUGGAAACAUUCAAUUCAAUUUAUGAUAAACAAAUUCUAACAGUUCUACAAUGGUGUUGUCUGAUCAAGUCCUCUAUUGAAUAUAUAAAAAUAAAUAAAUAGUCUUUAUUUCACUGAUAAAAUACAUAUCAAGUGUUACAUAUAAAGUGUAAUGGGCUAAGAUAUGUAUUAAUUACUUACAACUAAGUUAUGCUUAAAACUAAGUCUAUUAAUAAAAGAAUUUUUAAAACGCUCAGUAUU